AUGGGCGCGGGACCACCGGCCGAUUUCUGGCCACCUAACAAGCAUGUCCUCAACGUCCGUUUCUUGAACGGGACCGAAGACUACCAGAGAACAGUCAAAUCCCUGGUCAAAAAGCAUUAUCAUUCGAUCCCCAUGCGCAUCCGCUUCAAAUUCCUAUCCGAAUGGGACACAAGCCCUUCGGACAUUCGGAUUUCAUUCGCAGACGAGUCCAAAGCCUAUAUCGGCCGUCAGGCCGAGAACCACCCAGGGGAGCCCACCAUGUGGCUGAAUAUGCACCCUAGAUGGCUGACGGGAGACGAUGCUCGGAAGAAGGUGCAAGGCGACGUGCUUCACGAGUUCGGGCACGCAUUGGGCUUGAUCCACGAGCAAAAACACCCGCAACGCAAGCUCAGGUGGAACUACAGCCGUCUGAUGGAACGGUAUCAAUUGGAAUAUGACGCGGCGCACCGCAACUACGCCGCUUCUACCACCAGCGCCCUCAACGCCGAGUGGGAUCGGCCGUACGAUCCGAAAUCGAUUAUGCACUACCCUAUCGCGAAGGGAGACACGCAGAGCAUGGGGACGGAGGUCCCUGAGAAUUAUGUGCUCUCUGACGGUGACAAGCAGGCGUUGGUGCAGAUCUAUCCAUCGACGGCGGUGGUGAAGCAAGACCUCACGGUGCGUAAAGAGGAAAAGAAAAAGGAGGAAAAGAAGAAGGAGGAAAAGAAGAGGGAGGAAAGGAAGACCAAAGAGACCGCAAAGAAGGACAAGAAUGUAGGACACCUGGGAGAAACGCAUAUCGGCGGGAACAGGUCGGCCGUGGUUUGCGGAGGCUACGUGACAGUAAGUGGUAACGCCGAUGCGAUUAUCCACGGCGGCGGUUAUGUCGUCGCCUCCGGGAAUAGCGAUGUGAUUGUCCACGGCGAUAGCACGGUCUGGGCCAGCGGAAAUGCCGAUGUCUAUGUCAACGGUGGUGGCUCUGCAAGCGCGAGUGGGAAUGCCACGGUCAGGUUUACAGGCAGAGGCACAGGACAGGCUACUGGGAAUGCUUCUAUUUACUGGAAGUGCUGA